AUGCAACAAUUCGCAAAGCUGCGCAUCAAUAACUGCGCUAUCGUCGAUGGCAAGCCGACAGCGAUCACCCUCGAAGUCUCUCCUUCGCAUCCGGGCGCAAUCUGGUACAGAGAACGUCGCGGUGGACCACCUCCCCCAAAUUGGAACUCCACAGACAUUUCCGACGCCGAAGGAGAGCUGGAGCUCACCCUCCUCGACCGCAUCUCGGAAGGCCGCAUAGGUAUCACCUACGUGGCGAAAGUCGUCUCCGCGAAGCGAGGCAACGUGGAUUUACGAGGGACACUUCCAGAGACGGUCUGCAUCAAGUUUGCGAAGCCAGAGUUCUGUCGGGGGCUAGCCCGUGAGGCCUGGUUCUACGAGCAACUGGAAUCAUGCCAGGGCACAUGCAUCCCGAAUUUCUACGGAUUCUUUUCAUCGUCCAUGAGAGAGCAAGCCUGUUCUCUAAACCUCGAAUUCACCCCAUGGACCACGAGGGAACAUCAUUACCAGGAAGACACGGACUCACCCCCCCAGGACAAUCUUCCUUCUGCGGACUGGCUAACUGACGACCUCACGCCGCACUACGCAGGCUUUGAGUCACCCCACGAAGACCCAUCUGGCUACCAGCGAAACUCUCCGUGGUACAGAUGGAAUCGCGAUGCUGACAACCCUACAUUCAGUGUCCUCAUCCUCGAGCUGUUGGGGGAGCCCUGUACUGGCGAAAGGGGGAUCGACGUAAAAGAGGCGAUUGAAGAGGCGUUAGACGACAUCAUGGCACAAGGAGUCGUCCACGGAAACAUUUCGGCUUGGAACAUCCUAUCCAUCCGCGACCCAAUCAACAGCAGCAGGUGCUCCCGACACAACGCUGUUCAUUCUUGGAGAGUCAUUGACUUUGACACAUGUGCGAAGGUCGACAUUGAGAACCUGACCGACUAUGGAACCAUGAUGCUUUCAAUCGGGAGGGAGGCCCUCCAUAGGGACAAUGGAUUUAAGCUUUUAUCGAAGUAA